AUGUCUUCCUUAAACAGCGCCGGCGGGAGCACGAGGUCCAUCUUCCCCAAAGGCCCCAGCUUCACAUUGGAGAACUUCUCGAACAAGGACUUUAUCGUGCGGGACUUCAUUGAGGAGCUAGCAGAAAGUGCGGCUCCUGUGAACCGGCGCUCUGGACCUGCGCAGCAAACAUUCGACUCAAAACCUCUGAUCCGGACAUUCGAGAGUGAGUUACAGGCGCUAUCACAUCUAGCAAAAACUAACUUGGUAGAUGCUCUCUCACAGCUUGCAAUUCUUUCCGAUGAACUCGGAGAAAAAGAGACCGAUCUCCUCACAUCCGUACGGCGCGCGGAGAUCCAACAUGACCAAACGCUGGAUACAUUAGGAAGGAAGCUGGACCAGUCGAUUGACUCCUUCGAAACACUCGACUCCUCGCUGAACGGAUCCAAUGGCACGAACGGAAACGACAGGACUGGUAGACCCGAUGGGGGUGGUAAUAUCGCUGUGCAAAUUGGAGAAAGGCUUGAGGACUUGGACAAGCAAAGAAGGCGGGCGCUGGAUGCAAACUUCUUAAUCCAGUGCUGGCUCGAGGUGAGCGAGAACGGCCAACUCACGUCGCUAGAGGAAAUGAUCAGACGGCAAGGGAACGCGGAGAACAAGGUUCGGUCAGCAAUUAUUGCGAGGCAGCUCAUGAAGAUAAGCCAAAGACUAGACACGGCGUCCUGGGCGCAAGCGAACGGAUCCAAGAAGUCGAAUGGAGUCUCGAAUGGUGUUGCUGGGUAUAGGGGCCACAAUACACGGGAAAUAAUAGAAAAGUUUUCUGAAACGCUUGAAAAGGAUCUGCUGAAGCAAUUCGACGAAAGCUAUCGGAGGCAGAAUUUUGAAGAUAUGUUGGAUUGCGCCAAAGUUCUACACGACUUCAAUGGGGGCUCAAGUGUUGUGGCACUUUUCGUCAAUCAGCAUCAGUUCUUCAUAGACCGGAGCCAGCUGAUCACAGAUGAAGUGACAACAGACAACGAGACUUGGGAGAAGCUCGCCGACCCUGACUCGGACCCUCCAGGUGUAGAACCAUCUCUACAGUCUUUGAUUGACGAGAUCAGAGUGGUUAUGCAGGAUGAAUCUUUCAUCAUUAAGCGGGCUUUUCCCUACUACGAUGUGGUUCUGACGAAAUUCAUUCAGAGAUUAUUUCAGCAGUCUAUCCAACAAAGGUUGGAGAUGGUCCUAGAAAAGGCCGAUACUAUUUCUUCGCUUGCAUUCCUACGGUCACUACAUGCUUCGAGGAGCUACAUUAGUAAUCUGAACGAAGACCUAAAAGCACAUGGACUGACAGAGCAUCCCGAGCCAUGUUCCGCACAAACGGCGCUGAGCCUUGACCAGCAACUAGAUGAGCUCUUCGUUCCAUAUCUUGUCGGUAACUCAUAUAUCGAGCGAGAACGCAAGAACCUGGAAGAGCUGUACUCUUCACUGCUUUUCAAGUACACCAUCUAUCAUUCGCGGCAGAAGAAGGUCCCUACUGGAUUCAUGGCUUCGUUGGCCCAACAGGGUACCCAGCUGCUGUCAUCAGCUAAAGAUACCUAUAUCAACCGUCUCGAAUCGUCAGAAAUGACACCGACACAGAAAGCCAUGAUGUUGAGAGUUGCUGGGCUGCGUGACACAGACAAAAAUAAGAACGAAAUCGAAGUCACAGAUGAAGACGGUAUUCUGAGCAUUCCCAAUGCGAAGCGGAUGCUGAAAUGGUUGGCUGAAGGUGUUCGAAGAGCUCUUGAACUGGGAAGCGGCAGUGAUACCCCGAAAGAUGUGUCGGCACUGCUCAACCUUCUCUUGAUGAGCAUGGGCCAAGUUUAUAUCGAGACGGCACUUGACGCGGCGGCUGAGAAAGCAACGGCACAGGAAACCACGAAAACCGAGCCAGAUCUCGCCUACCUCCCGUCACUGCAACCCGCCAUCACGAUUACCAAGAUAAUGUCGCGGUUCAUUAAUACAGUCCUCAUAAGGCUCGCCGAGGGCAACACAACAGUCCGACGUGGAAUGGAAAUGCAAACGAAGUCAGGAGUUGAGCGAAUCGAGUCCAAAACCAACCUCAUUAUCCGAAGUACACUCACCGUGGUUGUAAACUGGGUGACCAAACUCCUAGCAUCCCAGAAGAAGAUGGACUUUAAGCCCAAAGAUAGUGAUCUGGACGGGGGGUAUCUAGAGAUGUUGCAAACAGCACCAUGCCUAUCUAUCUGCAAUUUCCUUCAACGAGUAUUUACUCUGGCAUCCCAAGCAAUCGACGGCCAGAACCUUCAGGUUUUCAGCUCCGAGCUUGCAACAAACAUCCGGGAUCUGCUUUUCGAGCAUUUCAAGAAAUUUCAAGUCAAUGUCACGGGAGCCCUGAUGGUCACGAAAGACGUCUCGAAAUACGUCACAACAUUGAAGGAAUGGCAACUAACGAAAGAUGGUGAAGCAAAUGUCGAGGUUCUGAGUGAGAUUGGAACUCUGUUCAUCAUUGGACCCGAAGCUCUGCGUGAGAGGUCACGCAACUUCGUGCCUGGUGGAGCUGGAAAGAAGCUACAGAAGUCUGAUUUUAGACAGUUCAUAUCAAAGCGGGAUGAUUCCGGAAGUGUCGGCAUUCAGAGCGUGCUCGCGGGGCUAUGA